AUGUCCAGCACAGUUUUGUGCGGGGGAGGCCGACUGGUCUGUUCUCGGACCAUAGGUCGGCAAACAUUAGCUACUCUGAAGUUGGGGCGCAUCCGGACUUUCUCGACCGCAAAGCCAGAUGAACCUUAUGUGUCUGUAUCACACACAGAAUCGGGCCCUAGAACCGUGUGGCCUGACGAGAACAUGGGACCUUUCGGACCUCAAGACCAACGCUUCCAGUUGCCGGGUAAUGUCGGAUUUGACAGCCAUUUGGACGGUGUGGAAGAGAAGAAAUCUCCCGCAGACAGAACGGCGCCUGAUGUACUAACGGCGCCGUGCAGCACAGAGAGACAACAGUUCAUUCUAGCCCAGUUCGUCAAUGAGUUUCAGGGGAAAUUGGGCUCCAUAUCCAAGCGAGUCCACAAAGCUGAGCAGUACUUUAAACAGACCGAAACAGAUUGCUCCAUAAGUUCCUGUCCUGAGCUGUUAAGGAAAGAUUUGGAGCUCUUGUUCCCGACAGUGCCAAACACUUCCAUCACAGUUGUGACCGUCUCGCAGAGGAGCAGUCGCUGCAAGGAAGCUGAUGCAGACAAAGAACAGCUACUUAGCAAAUUUGUGAGCGGUGCAAAGGAAAUGUGUUUCGCUCUGUGGACUGCAGGUUACUGGGCUGACUUUAUUCAUCCAACUACAGGAGAAGCUUUCUUCGCAUCCCCACUUAGUUCAAGUUCAGGACAAACGGGAGAGGCCCCGCGGCAUUCCGGCUUCCGCAUCGAGAUGUCGGGCUCCUGCACGGUGAUCAGACACAUUCUGCGAGGAACGCCCAUUUUCGUUGGCACCGUUUUCACCAACGCGCCGACUCACAGCGGCGUCAUCACACGACUUCAAGGACUCUCGCAUGAAUUGGAGGAUGAGACUGAAUAG